UUAUAUGAUACUUUUAUAUAUAAAUCAUUAACUACUCGACCAAUCAUGUUAUUAAUUGCAUUUAUGAAAACAUACUACUUCCGUAGAAAUUGCUUCUAUAGCAAAUUGUUACCGUUUUGUUAUCAGCUUUAUCAAUCGAGGCGUAGAAAACAUAGAAAACCUCUUAAGUUAAAACAAAACAUAAUUACUACAAACAAAGCUACAAUAUGACCGGGUCGGAAAUGGAAAACAAUGAGCAUAUUUGUAAGCUUAUUGCGGAGAUUUUGACAGAAAAAAAGAUAUUGCAGUUUUGACAAAAAAUGAUUUUCACGAUUUCAAAGCUUUUAUUUGUAAUUCUUGUGGGUUUUAUCCAAGCAUAGUAGAUCUGUAACACAAACUAUAAAAAAGCAAUAGUUUAUUUUGAUUUUUUGCAAGUUUUUUCAACUCAACGAGUUGAAAAAGAAAACUAAGCUAUUAUGCAAACAAACAAAAAAAUCCUUCAAUACAACAAGUGUCGACGAAAAAAUAAAUUAACAAUAAGUUGUCCAAAAAUCCCGAAAAACCUCAAACGGCACUUCCUUUGAAAAGAAUGAAUUAAUAUUAAGUUUUUUUUUUUGGGCAACGAAUUAAUAUUAAGUUAUUAAAAUAUUCAACAGAUAUUUCAAGCACAACGUGAUCACUUUGAUAAAAUAAACUAGGAGCUAGACCAUAACGUGUUCACUUUGUCAUAGUUACUACUGACUUAAUGUUUCAAAACGCUCUUAGUCAAAAUUACCAUGUUUUUUCGCACAAAUAUAAACGAGACUGUCAAAGAAUCAAAGAUGAAGAAUCAGAGGAUUCUAUUUCUCCACACUAUACUACAUUACACAUACCACGAACGAUUCCGUUCCUUUAGCUGAUGAAUUUUCAUAGUUCAGGAUCGUGCUUGGUUCGGUUUAAUGAUAUUUUGUUAGCUAAACCAUAAUGUGUACGUAAUCAUUUUGACAACCACUUUGAAACCUGACAAUUCACAAACAAACAAUACUCAUUAAAACUUGUCUAUCGUUAUACUAACUUGACUUCUGUAACUUUGAACAUUUAAUGUGAGAAAUUUCAAUGUGAUGUCAUUCUAAAUCCAAAUUUCACGUUAGAAAUUGAGUGGCUCUUAGACAUUCUUCUUUACAAGAUACCUCAAACUUCUUCUUAGUAGACUUUUAUUCCAAUGCAAAACCACAUAUCUCUAUUUAUACCAGUUUGUUUUCUUUCACAUUUCUUUAAAACAAAUUUCUUUAAAAGAUCUUAUGGCCACCAUGUCAGAAUGGCUUGUGCGUUUGCAUUUUCUCUCGCUACUCUUGCUAUGUUGUGUCUCCCCUUCAAGCUGCGCCACUAUAAAAUUCAUUACAAGGGAUCCUCUUGUUGGUCUUGUCGGUUGUCAUCCCCACCAGAUUAAAGUCUUUACGCAGUUCAAGAACGAGUUUGAUGCCCGCCGUUGCAACCACAACUAUAACGGAAUAUGGUGCGAUAACUCGACAGGUGCAGUCACGAAGCUACGACUCAGGGCCUGUCUCACCGGAACUCUAAAGUCCAACAGUAGCCUCUUCCAGUUUCAUCAUCUUCGUUUUCUUGAUCUCUCUCACAACAACUUUGCCUCCUCUUCACUCCCUUCCGAGUUUGGAAAUCUCACCAAAUUAGAGGUUUUAUCUCUUUCCUUUAAUGGCCUCACCGGCCAAGUUCCUUCCUCAUUUAGUAACCUAAGCAUGCUUUCUAAACUAGACCUUUCCCAAAACGAUCUCACUGGUAGUUUCCCACUUGUGAGUAAUCUAAACAAGCUCACAGUCUUAGACCUUUCUCAUAACCACUUCUCAGGAGCUUUGUACCCCAACAAUAGCCUCUUUGAGUUGCACCACCUCCUUUAUCUUAAUCUAGCUUUCAACAACUUUAAUUCAUCUAUCCCUUAUGAAUUUAGCAAUCUCAACCAAUUAAAAGCCCUUUCUCUUUCCUCCAAUGGCUUUAGCGGUCAAGUUCCUUCCAUAUUUAGUAACCUAACCCGGUUAACUUUGUUGUACCUCGACCGAAACAAGCUAAUUGGUAGCAUCCCACUUUUACAAAAUCUAACCAUGCUCUCUGUUCUAAAUCUUUAUGAGAAUCACUUCUCUGGAACCAUUCCUUCUUAUCUCCUCACUAUGCCAUCCUUGACAUAUCUUGAUGUGCGUGGAAAUGACCUCACCGUUUCCAUUGAAUUUGAUAACUCAUCCACCCCAUCUAGGCUCCAAUACAUGUACCUUGGGCAUAACCAUUUUGAAGGAAACAUCAUAGAGCCUAUCUCAAAGCUCAUCAACCUCACACACCUUGACCUUUCUUUCCUAAACACAAGCUACCCAAUCGACUUAAACCUCUUCUCCUCUCUCAAAUCUUUGUUACACCUUGAUCUUUCUGGUAACAGUAUAUCUCCAGCCAGCUUACGUUCAGAUUCAAACAUCCCAUUGACUUUAGCAAUGGUGUUCUUCAAGCAUUGUGGAAUCAAGGAGUUCCCAAACAUGUUGAAAAAACUUCAUAGCAUGCAGUUUAUAGACCUAUCCAACAAUAGAAUCAGUGGGAAACUCCCUGAGUGGUUAUGGAGCCUUCCUCAACUGGGUACCCUAAACGUUGUAAACAACUCUUUCAACGGCUUUGAAGGCUCAUCAGAAGCUUUAGUCAAUUCAUCAGUGCGGAUAUUACUUUUGGAGUCAAACAAUUUCGAAGGAGCACUUCCAAAUCUACCACUCUCCAUCACUGUCUUCUCCGCGGGUACUAAUAACUUCACAGGGGAGAUACCUCUCUUAAUCUGCAACAGGAGUUCGCUCACCGUCCUUGAUCUAAACUACAACAACUUCACCGGUUCAAUUCCUCAGUGUGUGAGUAACUUCACUUUCGUGAAUCUCCGGAAGAACAACUUGGAAGGAAGUCUUCCAGACAUGUUCUGUGUUAGUGCCUCGCUUCGGACGCUUGACGUUGGCUACAAUCAACUAACCGGAAAGCUACCAAGGUCGCUUCGAAACUGCUCCUCUCUAAAGUUUCUAAGUGUUGACAACAACAAUAUCAAAGACAUGUUUCCCUUCUGGCUCAAGGCUUUACCGAACUUACAAGUGCUUACUCUCAGUUCAAACAAGUUCUACGGUUCGAUAUCUCCUCCUAAUCAAGGUCCUCUCGGGUUUCAGGAGCUACGAAUAUUAGAAAUAUCUGAUAACAAGUUUACCGGAAGCUUGCCACCACGAUAUUUUGAGAACUGGAAAGCAUCAUCAUCAUCAUCCACAGGGAAAGAAGAUGGGAGUUUAUACAUGGUGUAUGAGAAGAAUCCAUACGGCUUGAUUGCAUAUACCUUCACAGAUCAUAUAGAUUUGCAGUACAAAGGUUUGCGUAUGGAGCAAGCGAACGUCCUCACUUCGUAUUGUGCUAUUGACUUUUCAAGAAAUCUACUGGAAGGACAAAUUCCUGAAUCCAUUGGUCUUUUAAAGUCGCUGAUUGCACUCAAUCUAUCGAGCAACGCCUUCACAGGCCAUAUUCCUGAAUCGUUGGCUGAUCUUAAGGCUCUUGAGUCUCUAGAUAUGUCCAGCAACAAACUCUCUGGAAGUAUUCCUAAUGGACUCGGGAGCGUGUCGUUUUUAUCGUACAUAAAUGUGUCUCACAACCAACUCAAAGGUGAAAUACCGCAAGGAACACAAAUUACUGGGCAGCCUAAAUCUUCAUUUGAAGGGAACGCAGGGCUUUGUGGUCUUCCUCUUGAAGAAAGUUGCUUCGACACUAGUGAUGAACCUCAACCACAAAAAGAAGAAGAGCAAGACCAAGAAGAAGAAGAAGAAGCGUUGAACUUGAAAGCAGUGGCGAUAGGGUGUGGACCAGGAGUGUUGCUUGGAUGGGCUAUAGCACACAAGUCGUAUCAUUUGUUCGUCCGUUGAUCGACUAUCUAUUAGGAAGAUUAGGCCUGUUCGUUUAACAAACGCAAGCGACAGCGGCAGCGGUUCAAAAUAACAGCUAUGAUCACGGCAAAUACAUCACAGUCGCGGCAAAAAGAUUUUCGUUUUCAGUCACUACAGCAAGUAAUAACAGGCAGAUGAGAUGCUAGAAAUAACAGCGGCAGCGGCAACUCCGCUUUCCUGUCUCUAAUCGAUCCUUGGCGUCUGAAACUAGAAAUAACAGCAGCAGUGGCAAUUCCAGUUUACUUCCAUCGUAGCUUUAUUUAUUGCCGUUGACUGACGCUAGUUGCUGAGUUUUUAAAACGAACAUGCAUAUUGUGUCAAGUAUGGAUACAUCUAUUUACCAGAUAUGACAAGUCAUUAAUCAUAAACUCGAGCUAUGUUUUAUUUUUUCUUACAGAACACCUGUUUAUUAUCUAGAGCUCUUUGAUUUAGUGAAAUUUCUCGUGAUUUUUGCAGAUA